GGGUGUUGACAAUUUAUUUAUUUUUUCUUUCUGUGCCUAUCUAUCUACAUAAGAGCUUGAAUUUCUAUUAAGGACGAGUCAAAUACUGCAUGCUCUCUCUCUCUAUUUGUUUAUAUAUAAGAAGGAGAAGGUCUAUCUAAUUGAGAUUACUAUAUCAAAGAAAAAGUAAGAACAAGAAAAGAAUUUCAAAGAAAAAUAAGAGAAUUUCAAAAAGGAGACUCAUGGAGGAUCAGAUUAUGAAAAGAUCUAAUCAUGGAGGUUUGGUUAAAGAAGAGAAAUUAGAAGCUGAUUCUAAUGGUGCUGAUGAAGUUUCUUGCAGAGAUUUUGAUGUUGUUGCUAAGGUUGGAAGCAAAAGAGCAUACCAUGAAACUGAAGAUCUGAACUCAUCUUUAUCAGAACUUAAUACUAAAGAUUUAAGAUGGUCUAAACAGGUAGCUCUUGCGAUAAACAAGGAAAGAUCCCCCAUGGAUUCUGAUUCAAAACCAUCUUCUUCCGCCCAAAAGGAGCAGGAUAAUUGGCUUGAAUCAGCAAGAGCAGAAAUGGGAGAAGUAAGAGAAGAAAAUCAGAGACUAAAAAUGCACUUAAGUCAAAUGAUGAAAGAUUAUCAAGCUCUUCAACUGAAAUUCCACGACAUUAUUCAACAACAAGAUCAAACCAAACAAUCUAACCCUAAUCACAAUCAAAUCACUACAGCUGAAGAACCUGAGUUCAUUUCCCUCAGCCUAGGUACGAGGUUUUCAAGUGAUCAACACUCCAAAAAUAAUGGAAAAAGCAAAACCUCUAGCCAUGCAAAAGAUGACGUGGAUGAUGAUGAGACAGAAGGUCUUUCUCUUGGACUAGAUUGCAAAUUUGAAGUAUCAAAUAAAUCUCAUGUAACUGAGCAAUCUUUGCCAAACACAAGUCCUGUGCAUAGUUUUGAAGAACAACCCAAGGAAGAAGGUGGAGAGACUUGGCCACCUAAGGCUUUAAAGAGUGGCACUGUGAUUAGUGGAGAAGAUGAAGGUGUGCUGCAGAACCCUCUCAAGAAAGCUAGGGUUUGUGUGAGAGCUAGAUGUGAUACUCCAACGAUGAAUGAUGGAUGCCAAUGGAGGAAAUAUGGUCAAAAAAUUGCAAAAGGAAAUCCAUGCCCUCGAGCUUAUUAUCGCUGCACUGUUGCACAAAAUUGCCCAGUAAGAAAACAGGUUCAAAGAUGCGCAAACGACAUGUCAAUUUUAAUUACUACAUACGAAGGAACACACAGCCACCCGCUUCCUCUCUCCGCCACAGCAAUGGCUUCCACCACCUCUGCCGCCGCUUCCAUGCUAUUAUCCGGUUCAUCAUCUUCAUCCACCACCGCAAGCCAUAAUAUUCCGGCUGAUCUCCGAGGACUAAACUUUUACCUAUCAAACACCAACAAUUCAAAGCAAUUCUACUUACACAACUCUUCAUCUCUCUCACCUUCGAAUUCACAUCCAACGAUCACACUUGACCUAACUUCCUCAAACCCUUCUUCUUCAUCGCCGUUCGCCAGAUCAUCAUUUUCAAACUCAUCAGUUUAUCCUCCGAUUCCAAAAUUUACGCCUACUAGUACACUAAGCUUCGGUUCUUCCGAUCAGUCUACAGUUCCUUGGGGAAACGGAAUAUUCAGCUAUGGAAAUAAUUCUCAGCCCUACAACAAGAGCCAGCUCAUCGGAAACUUAAACCUAGCCGGUAAAUCAACGGUGGAAAACAACAUUUUUCAAUCCUACUUCCAAAAGAAAACCCUACCUGAUCAUUCCAUAGCUGCUGCAACAAAAGCAAUAACUGCCGACCCAAGUUUUCAGUCUGCUUUAGCGGCGGCUCUCACGUCUAUCAUGGGCAAGGCCAGCGGCGGCUCUAGUGGUGGCGAAAACUUGGCGCAGAAGCUGAAGUGGCCGGGUGAGCAAUUCUCUGUGGCGAGUAGUUAUUCAUCGACGAUUGGUAGUACUAGUACAAACAAUGCGUGUGGAACAAGCUUCUUGAAUAGAACUAGUUCAACGAGCUCUCAGCCUGGAAAUUUGAUGUUUCUGCAGCAACCUAUUUCGUUGCCAUUUUCGUCUCCUAAAAGUGCUUCUUCAUCUCCUAGUGGUAGCAGAGACCAAACCAGUUAAUUAGAAGUACAUUUUUUCUUUUUUGUUAAUAGUCUGUUAAAUAUGAUAAAUAAUUUGAUGCAGCAUGGAUGGUGACAACAAGCAAAGCAAAAUUGAAUAAUGAAUUUUGUUUCUUUA